AUGGAGGACGAUAUGCUAACAUGCAAUUCAGUGGAAAGCCCUGGUCCUCCAUUCCUUGACAAUGCAGCUUCUUCAGUGGCAACUUCCUUGCGCCGUUGUGCGAAUGAUAAACUUCCUGUAUCUGACAAUAGGGAUACCACAGUAUCUAGAUGGAGAAAACAUUGUCCUACCCCAAUCGAAAAUGACAAUAUCUUUGAGAUUGAAACGCACUGCAAGGAUCCAGAACUGUGUUCAACUCUUGCUUGUGACAUUUACAAACACUUGCGUGAAGCUGAGGCCAAGAAAAGGCCUUCACCAGAUUUUCUGGAAACCACUCAGAAGGAUAUUGACACAAGCAUGAGGGCAGUACUUAUAGACUGGCUUGUGGAAGUGAGCAUUUCUAGAAAAAAGGUCACAGAAGAAUAUCGUCUUGUUCCUGAAACCUUAUACCUCACAGUCAGUUAUAUUGAUCGGUAUCUUUCUAGCAAAGAGAUCAAUCGAGAUAAGCUGCAGUUACUUGGUAUCGCCUGCUUGCUUAUAGCUGCUAAGUAUGAAGAGAUAUGUCCACCCCAAGUAGAAGAGCUCUGCUAUAUUACCGACAAUACAUACAUAAAGGAUGAGGUUCUGCGAAUGGAAGCUUCUAUCCUGGGUUGCUUGAUGUUUGAGAUGACUGCACCUACAGAAAAAUGUUUUUUGAGGAGAUUUCUGCAUGCUGCUCAACUAUGUCAUGAGGGCCCAGCUUUGCAUCUUGAGUUCCUAGCUAGCUACAUUACUGAGUUGUCACUUCUGGAGUACAGCUUACUUUGCCAUGUACCUUCACUGAUAGCUGCCUCUUCAAUUUUCUUGGCGAAUUUUAUCCUUAAGCCAACAAAGAAUCCUUGGAAUACCACUCUUUCCUAUCACACACAAUACAAACCAUCCACAUUACGCGAUUGUGUAAAGGUACUACACCGGCUUUUCCGUGUUGGCCUUGGAAGCAACCUCCCUGCAAUUAGAGAAAAGUACAGCCAACACAAGUACAAAUUUGUAGCGAAGAAGUACUGCCGGCCAUCGAUUCCAGCCGACUUCUUCCAAGAUGCUAGCAGUUAG